AUGGAUGACAACCAUCUUCGAGUUGUUUUGAAAAUACACAAGCGAUCUUCCUUGGAGGCCUCUCCGUCUCGGACUUGGAAGGCGCAGGAGAUUUCCACAGACCCCUCAGUCCCCAAUCCCAAGAGACAACGAACGAAGGCUAUAAGCGAAGAGCAUAGUCUAGUCAUCCCGUCGCCGCCAAAACCUGAUUCACAAGGGGCAUCACCACCUGCUGAUGAAACGUUCUCGGACAGCGGAAUAACGGACUCCAGACCGUCGGACCAGACAUUUUCAGGCAAUGAAAAUAAAUCUUCUGUACCACUUAAAGACGGGAAAAAACCGCUGCCAGAGAAAGCGCUCUGUGAGAUUCUGGACAAACUGCAAAAGAAGGACUUGUAUGGCGUGUUCUCUGUUCCAGUGAAUCCUGCUGAGGUCCCGGACUAUUUUGACGUAAUUUCUCACCCCAUGGAUUUCAGCACAGUGAGGGGAAGGGUCGCGAAGAAACUUUAUACGUCGUGGGACCAAUUCGAGGAUGACGUGUCCUUGAUCUGGAAGAAUGCCAUGAUCUAUAACGCCGAGGGGACCAUUUAUUACAAGCAGGCUAAGGCUAUGCAAGGAAUUGCUCAGAAGAUUUUCCCAGCAGCAGGUUCCAACGAGCUUUACCCAAGAUCUGGAUUCGGAAGGGGAUUUCGAGGUCGUGGAAGGGGAAGAGGUCAACCCGGUCGUCCAAAAAGGAUCCCUCUAUCUGAUCCUGCACAGAAGGACACUCAGUCCGGUCGAAGAAUUCUGGGCCAGAGAAAGGAGUCCGUUCCGUUGGUGGAUGACAAGCAAGAUCGUUUGGUGUUUGGGAUGGACGAGAGAUCGGAAGUAUCACUGUCAGAGGAUAUUCCGCAGUCAAAGCCUGCACAGGGGAUAUUGGGGAAAAGCACAGAGAAAGGGGAACCUAGCCAGAGCCAGCCGAGAUCAAGUUACCUAGGAGGCGAUGAUUCUGGUAACAAAGUGUCCCGGUUAAAGAACUACAAGGUCUGCCGCAGAGCAACAUCCCCAAGUGGCGGGAAGCACCUGUCCUUCCGUUCCUGGUGUCAGUCAAGGUCUUGUCAGACAAGCAGAUGUUUAUUGCCCGAUAGCUUCGCCCUGUGCUAUUCUGCGGAUCAGGACCCUCUCGCUUACGCCCACAGCUUAGCCCGAUUUGCGUCGCCCCUUGGCACGUUGAUUUGGGAAGUCGCUGCAGAGAAAGUCAAGCAGACCCUCCCUCCGGAAGUUCCUUUUGGUAGAGGAUGGAUUGGCCAGGAUAACCCCUUGCAGUCAUUGCAGUCAUUGAAUCCGGAGGGCGAGUCGGCGAGGAGUUUGUUGAGAGGCCAGAAAGGGGGGGUUCUUGACGUUUCCGUGGAUGAUGUAAAGCAGGCCUCAAAGCAACCUGUGAGGACAGCAGCUAAGACUUCUGCAAGGCCCGCCAAAGAGUCUGUCCAUGGGCCCAAAGAUGUUGGGCGGUCGUCAAGCAUGCUCCACAUCCCACACUGGUUUAACGGUGCAAGCAGACCUGGAGCAGGAUUUGCUUCGCCUCCACCUGCAGCAGCUGUAGUUUCACCGAUAUCUGCACAGGAGGCUUUAAGUGGGCUGGCUGGAGUUUCUGCAGGAAGCCCCUCUGAAGCUGGGUCUCUUAGUCUUAGUAAUGCGGCAAUCCAGACGCUACUGAAUUCAUGCACAGGUGCUUCUGAUCACAUUGAUCGCAGCAGCGUUCUGGCAAUGCGUGCUUCAGCUGUUGCUGCUCUGCAGGCUGCGAACUCUGCCAGACAGGGCCAGUCAGUCCUUUCUGCUCAGGCUCUGCAGUCUCUCAUCCAAGGCUCUGCUGAUGUCGAAACUCCAACAAAGCCCCUUGGUUCUGCCCUUAUGGGAGCGUUGAAUGCCUUGUGGUCUGAGAAUGCGUCCACCUCAUCACCUGGUGCUCCUGCAAUCGCUGCAGCUGCUUUUGGAAAGCAAGGUUUGAGUUCGCUGCAACAGCUUGGUGGGUUGUCAUCCCCAGCAAGAGCUGGUUCAACCUCAUCUUCUGACCUUGGAGACAAGAACGCUGCUGACCAUCUAACCAAAAUGGUGGAGGGAAAUCAUGCAGCAUUUUCUCAGAAUGGCUUCAAGAAUAGCCCCCUCUGGGCCGCUCUUGAGGCCGGAAAGAUUGAUGGUCUUUUGGGGAGCCCGCUCAACUCAAGCAAGGCUGCUCCUGUGGGAGAUGGCAGCGGAGCUCAAGCUUUAGCAACCUCUAGCCAAGCUGCACAAGCCCUCGCUGCCUCUGUGUCACAAGGAACAUGGCCAGGUGGUCUUCCAGGCAAUGCAUGGCUUGCUGAUUUUUCGUCCCAGCAGCAGCAAGCAGCGAAUGUGUCUUCAUAUGGAUCUCUUAAUGCCCGUAAUCCUGCAACCACCACUGGCACUGUUACACCUUCAGCCCUGGCUGACGUUCUGCAGCAGCAGCAACAGGGGACUAACCCAUUGGCAUCCUCAUUCAGACCUGGUUCCUCGUCAGCUGCUCGGAGCAUGAUGGCUGCUCUGGAUAAACUGAAGGCUCACCAUGGUCUUCUCAGCAAUUCGACCGGGGCGUCGUUCUCAUCUGCUGCAUUCAGCGCAGCAGCUGCAGCUGCAUCCAACCAUGCCUCUGCCUCCGCGUCUGCUGGUUUACCUGCUGGUAUCAUGUCUGCCACAACUGGUUCAUUUGCCAACAUGGCAAGCAUGAUGACGAACGCUGCGAGCGUUUCUAUCUCGUCACAACUUCGUUCGGUCGUCGCCAAGCCGGCGCACGUCGCACGCAACUACUCUCGCUUCGCAUCCUUCGCCUCCAGCUCCAGAACCAACCGUCAGAACUCGAGACCCUUCUCCGUAAAAUCAUCAGCGCAGCCUCCCGCGUCAGCCGGUCAAAACGAGGAUGCGGGCCCGUGGACCGUAGCGAACGACUACCCUGAAGAUUACGUACUCGUGUCGACUGAUCCGGAAGAUCUCGAGGCGACGCUGAAGCGAAUCGCAGAGGAGAAUGAGGAGCUCAAGAGGAGGGUCGAGGAGGCGACGGCGUUGGCGACGGCGCAAGCGGCGCAAGCUGCUGGGGAGCGGAAGGCGGGGGUUGACGUCACCCGGCCAAGAGCAGGUGCUGUGGCUCCGUCUGCUCCGCCGCCAGACGUUGCAGCGGUGAUCGCUGCGACAUCAACGACGCCUGCGACGGCCGCUGCUCCUGCUGUGGCGCCUCCUCCGUCGUCGCCGUCGCCUGCUGCUCCUGCUGAAGUGAAGACCACGUCAGCCGUCGCUUCCGCCGAAUCGCCGGGCGACUUAGCGACGGCGUCGCAGCGGAACGCGGAGCUGGAGAGGGACAGGGAGAGCGCCAAGAACGCGGCGGAGGGGAGCGAUGCACCAAUCAAGAAGACCGAGAACCCCAUGAGCAUUGUCUUCGUGGCAUCCGAGGUGGCGCCCUACUCCAAGACGGGAGGCCUUGCCGACGUCACAGGCUCUCUCCCAUUGGCUCUGGCGGCACGUGGCCACCGUGUGAUGGUGGUGGCGCCUCGGUACAUGAACGGCGUCACGGACAAGCUUUAUGCUGGCGCGUUCGAUUGUCAGUGCCGCAUCAAGUGCUUCCUCUUCGAGGGCGAGCACGAGGUGGCCUUCUUCCACGAGUUCCGCGAUGGAGUUGACUUCGUGUUUGUGGACCACCCGUCGUAUCACCGCCCAGGCACGCCAUACGGCGACUCCAGGGGGGCGUUCGGCGAUAACCAGUUCCGGUUCGCUCUGCUGUGCCAUGCUGCAUGUGAGGCGCCGCUGCAGUUGCCGUUUGGAGGAUUCACGUACGGGGAGAAGGUGGUGUUUGUGGCCAACGACUGGCAUGCCGGACUUGUGCCUGUCCUCGUGGCCUCUAAGUACCGCCGCUACGGUGUCUACAAGGACGCGCGCACCAUCAUCGCCAUUCACAACCUGGCCCACCAGGGCGUCGAGCCCGCAUACACGUUCGGCAGCCUGGGCGUGCCGGGGGAGUGGUACGGGGCGCUGGAGUGGGUGUUCCCCGAGUGGGCGAGGAAGCACGCUCUGGACAAGGGCGAGGCAGUCAACAUCCUCAAGGGGGCUAUAGUGACAUCUGACCGCGUUCUCACUGUCAGCCAGGGCUAUGCAUGGGAGAUCACAACAGGGGAGGGCGGAUGGGGAUUGGAUGGACUGCUGCGAGGGAGAAGCAUUGUGCUCAAUGGAGUGACCAACGGCAUUGACACGGUGGACUGGAACCCUGCCACGGACAAGCACAUCCCCUCGCAGUUCACAGCAGAGGACCUGGAGGGCAAGGCGGAGUGCAAGGCAGCGCUGCAGAAGGAGCUGGGUCUCGCCGUGCGCCCUGAGGUGCCCCUGAUUGGUUUCAUCGGGCGUUUGGACUGGCAGAAGGGGCCUGACGUGAUUCAAGCGGCACUGCCGGAGCUUAUGACAGACAACGUGCAGUUUGUGAUGCUGGGCAGUGGGGAUCCGGACCUAGAGGCCUGGAUGAAGUGGGCUGAGAGCGCUUACCCUGACAAGUUCCGAGGCUGGGUGGGCUUCUCUGUGCCCAUGGCGCACCGCAUCACUGCCGGCUGUGACAUCCUCCUCAUGCCGUCGCGCUUUGAGCCGUGCGGGCUGAACCAGCUGUAUGCAAUGCGGUACGGAACGGUGCCAGUGGUGCACGCAACGGGCGGGCUGAGGGACACAGUCGAGGAUUUCAACCCGUUUGCCAACGGGGGUGCGGGCGCCGGCACGGGAUGGUCCUUCUCCCCGCUCACCAAGGAAGCCAUGAUGGGGGCGUUAUGGACUGCCAUCCAGACAUUCCGCGAGUACAAGGACUCGUGGCAAGGCCUGAUUCAGAGGGGCAUGACCCAGGACAUGUCGUGGAACCGGGCUGCGCAGCAAUACGAGCAGAUCUUCGACCACGGUCCUUCUUCGAGGCACGCCGUCGAGACGACUCGCAACUCACCAUUGUCAUCCGUGACUAUAUCGAAGUCGCACAAACGGACGUCACGACGGGCAAUCGCUACAGCGGCGGCGGAGGCGGGAGAUGCGGCGAUCGACGUGGAGGCCGAGAUUAAGAACGAGAAGGUGCUGGUGCUCGGUGGGAGUGGGUUUGUAGGGUCUGCUGUGGCAAAAGCAGCAGCUGACAGAGGCAUAGACGUGGUCAGCCUGAGCAGGUCUGGCCGACCCUCCGUCUCCAACGAAACGUGGGCGAAAAGUGUCACAUGGGAGACUGGUGACGUGUUCUCUGCCAACUGGCCCGUGCUUCUAAAGGAUGUGACUGUAGUGGUGUCCUGCAUUGGAGGAUUCGGCACAGACGAGCAGAUGGAGAGGAUAAACGGAGAUGCUACAGUGGUUGCAGUGGACGCGGCUAAAGACUCUGGCGUGCGCAAGUUUGUGUUUGUAUCGGUGCAUGAUUACAACCUGCCCGAUUUUGCUAAGGAGAAUGGAUACUUCAAUGGCAAGAAACGAGCCGAGACUGCAGUGCUUGACGCUUUUCCCAACACAGGGGUUGUGCUACGUCCAGGAUUUAUCUAUGGAAAAAGGCGGGUAACCGCUGGUGUGGAGGUUCCGCUUGAUUUGAUUGGCCAGCCAUUGGAGAAGCUGCUGUCAGCCACUAAGGAUAUCACAAAGCUGCUAUCCCCUCUGCCAGCCUCUGACCUACUUUUAGCGCCACCAGUAGAUGUUGCCGAUCUUGCGGCUGUAGCGGUGCGAGCCGUCGUCGAUGACUCGAUUGCAGGGGUGUACAAUAUAGAGGACAUUAAGCGGCUGGCAGGCGAUUUUAAGUAA